UUUUGGGGUUUUGGGGAGUUAUUUCUCCGAAUUCAUUCAUUCAUCAGUUGGUCAGGUUGGUUGUGAUUUUAAGACAUGGCUAUUGAAGAAGAAGAAACUAUAGAGCAAGCGGCGGCAGCUCGUCGUGAGAGGUUGAAAGCUCUGAAAGCUGCUCAACAACUUCUUGAAAAUCCCGGGGAUGAUGGAGCUCCGGACAGUGAUAAACCUGACGGUGAAAAUGGAGCUGAUGAUGAAGACAAUGAUGUCAAUGUCAAAUUCCGAAAUUACCUACCUCAUGAUAAGCAGCUUCAGGAGGGUAAACUUGCUCCACCCCAAUUACCGAAGUUUGAAGACCCUGUUGCUAGUGAACCUCCAGUUGAAGAGAAAAAAGAGGAUCCUUUCUUGAACAUUGCCCCCAAAAAGCCAAACUGGGAUCUUAGAAGGGAUGUACAGAAGAAACUUGAUAAGCUUGAAAAGCGCACACAGAAGGCCAUCUUUCAAGUUAUGGAGCAACAAGAAAAACAAAAGCUGUUGGCUGAAGAUGGUAGAGAAGAUGAUUCUGAGAACUAGAAAACAGCUUUCUAAGGUAUACACAUGCAACCUAGCUUACUCUUAUAACAUUUGUAAUGUCUUAGCCUUAAAUAGCCACGUUUGUUUUGGCUAAGCUUAUGUUUUGAAGAGGGUACACUUAGUUAUGCACUUAUAACUUCAUACGAUGGCUGUGGUUUGUAAGGUUUGUAAUGUAGACUGGUAAAAGGCUCAGUUGGUUGGAUUUGUUUCUA